UAAACUGCGGGACCACCGUCGGGGAUAUAUCAAAUGGGGGUCGGAAAUACUUAAGAGGCUGGCGCCGGUUUGAGUUUACGAUGUAGACACAGCAAAGAUGCUGGACUUCUCAUGGCUUAAACUUCGAAAGCAAGAGAACCGAAAACCGGCGAUGUCAUCAUCCUUUACCCGCCUCGUCCGAUUUCUGGCCACAGAUGGCCGGACUUAUUAUGGAGAUGCCAUUCUACCUUCGGGCGUGACGGAUCUUGCUAAGACCAAGCAAGCCCGAAUUAUUGAAGGCUCGAUCUUUGGGAAUUAUAAGAUAACCAACAAGAUUGUCGACAUCAAGCGACUCCUGACACCCCUAGCACUCGAGGAUGUCCGAACAGUUCGCUGCCUGGGGCUCAACUAUGAGAAGCACGCCAGGGAGUCAAACCUGCCACUCCCAGAAUAUCCCGUCUUAUUUUACAAACCAGUAACCUCCCUUACUGGUCCCUUUGACCCAAUCCCGGUCCAUCCUCAGGCACAAGUGGGAGAAGGCCUAGAUUAUGAAGGGGAAAUGGUCAUUGUCAUAGGGAAACCUUGCUCCGAUGUCUCUGAGGCAGAGGCCUUGGACUACAUCCUUGGUUAUGCAGUCGGGAACGAUGUUUCUCACCGCGAUUGGCAGCUCAAAUACGGAGGUGGACAAUGGGGCAUCGGCAAAGGCUUCGAUGGAUGGGGACCUUUCGGGCCAGGCAUUGUGAGCAACAAGGUCAUUGGAAAUCCUCAAUCCCUGCGGAUAAGUACGAAGGUGAAUGGGAAGACUGUCCAGGAUGACAGUACGGACGAUAUGAUUUUUGGAAUUGCAAAGUCGAUCGCAUUCCUGAGCAUGGGCACCACUUUACUUCCAGGAGACGUGAUUUUCACCGGAACGCCUUCCGGUGUUGGAAUGGGCAUGAGUCCUCAGUGCUGGCUGAAGGAUGGUGAUGUUGUCGAGGUCUCUCUGGAGAACGUUGGAACUGUCUCAAAUACAGUGCGAUUCGACAAACCAACAGCGAAGCUCUGAUGUGCCUUUGGCUAGCUUGACGUGCAUCUCAUGGGAGGUUUAUGGAUAGAAACACGGUAUUGGAUUAUACCCGUACAGUAGAAAUAUAUAGCCACCAGCCUUUGGUUGACUCAAUG